AUAUGUAGUAAAUUUUUUAUUAAUUCCCCCUGAGUUUAUUGUUAUUAAUUUUUUAACAAAUAUAUUUUUUUAAAAAAAAAUUUUGUCUUUUUUGUAUUAAUAGACAAACAGUAGAAAAAUUGUAAGAGUAUAAUAAAGGUGAGGACAAAUUAAAUAAUGGGAAAAAUUGCCAAGUGAGUUAAUAAAAUUAAUUAUUUGAUUAAUUAAUUUUUUUCAAACACGACAACAAAAUGAACAAUAAUUCUACAUUAUUUAUUGGUGUAACACCAAGUAUACAAUUGCUUUCUAUAAUUAAUUGCAUGAAUAUGUUAUCUGACAUAUUAUAUUUAGAAAAUUUCUUACAAAAAGAAGAACAAUAUCAACAAUUUAAUAUAAUAAACGCCUUAUAUAAAUACAUAAAUGAAAAUAAUAAAAGAAAAGAAAAACUUAUUAAACAAUUAUUAAAUGGCAAUUAUUUAUAUGGUGGAGGUGAAAAUGAAACUCUUGAUGAAAAUUAUAUUGACGAAACAUUUGACUAUAUUGUCAGUAAUGUUGUAUUUUCACAAUAUGGAAAUAUUUAUGGAUAUUUAGCAAAAGUUGUUAGUACAACGAAUAAUUUAAGUUCAUUGUAUUUAAAAAUAGAAAUGUAUCGUCAACUUGAUAAUUUAAUUGAUUUAAAUGAAAAUGGUAAAAUUUCCCAUCUCAAUGAAUUGACAAAAUUAAAAAUUGCCGAAACAUUAAUUUGGCCACUAUUUCCAAUAUCAAAAAAAGAGAGAAAUAUCAUAGACAUUGAUUAUAUUUAUGCACAAGCUGGUUUAAUAUUAGCACGUUCGGCAAAAUUAAAUACAACUAGAAUUAAAUUUUCAAAAUUAAUUCACCUAUCAUUACCAAUUGAAUCGAAAAUAAUUGAAACUAAAUUAAAUGAUUCAUUUUUGGAAAUUUUCUUUCUUCCAGCCUUAUUGUAUUAUGCGCACAAGGAAAAAGAAAUUUUUCAAAAAAAACCAAUUGCAUUAUUAAUUGAAAAUGAAAAAACAUGGUUCAAUGCUUUUAAUUUACUUUUUAAAUUCAUAAAUAAAACCUUUAAAACAAUUAAUGAGAAAUUAACAACAAAUAAUUUAUAUCAAUUUCAAUUUUUCAUGGCCAAUUAUAAAACACGUACAAAUUGGGCAAAGAGAAUUUUAACUAAAAAUUGUCCCCUUAAUAAAGAUAAAAUUUUAUUAGAACAAUUAAUUAUAAAAUAUAAAACAUUUCCAUCAAAUACUAAUUGUCCAAUUAGCGGAAUUAAAUUACCAAAUCUCAAUGAUAUUUAUUCACAACAUGUUGAUGAAAUUAAGGAAAAAUAUUUUUUACUUUUAAAUGAUUUUCUUCAAGAAGCAUUUGACAAAGCUAAUUUAACGGAUUUAAUUAAUUCAUCAUCUACAAAUGUUGUUCGAGGUAAAACCACACCAAUAUUUAUAAAUUGUUAUCCACUUGCUUGUGCACCUAUUCAAUCAAAUGUAAAACAAAAUGCCGCUUUAAUUAUAGUUAAACAUGACAAUAGAGAAGAUUUAUAUGCAAUUGUUAUAAAUUCAAAUAAUGUUACAUUAUUAAAUUAUAAUGACAAUCGUGUGGUAUUUGUGAAAAAAUUAGAAUUACCCAAAGAUACCGAAUUUGAAGAAUCUUUAUUUCCAUUAGUUUUAAAGCAUUCAAGUGAAAAUUUUGAAAUUUUAAAAAAUAGAAUUGCUGAAGAAAAGACAAAAUUAUUUCAAAAACAGUUAUUUAAUUUUGGUUAUGAAGAAACAACGGAUGAACGUAUAAUUGAUAUUUUAUUGCAAUUUGUGCCAUUUUAUCAUUGUAUUAAAUACAGUAAAGAUGGUGAAUUUUUAGACGCCACUCUCGCUUGUUUACAAGAUGGUAUUUCAUUUAUUCCCGUUGUUGGUGAAACAAUGAAAAUUCUUCUUCGUAUCACUGAUAUGACAGUAAUUUCAAUGUUAAAAUUAUCAGGUACAAUGUUAAAAACACUUACAUUAAGAAAUAUUUUUCAUUCAACAAUAAAAUUUCUAAUUAAAUCAACAUUAUCGAUAAGAAAUAUAAUUUUCAAUCAAAACAUUCUAAAAAGUCUUGCCACUAGUGUAAUACAAGCAAUAGAUCCUGGUAUUGAAUUAUCAUAUAAAAUUUUAAAAAAUGGAGGAAUGCAAAUAAAAAAAAUAAUUUCACAUAUUUCGAAAACAGUAAAAAAAACAUCUCUAUUGCAUUAUGAUUUACGUGAAUGUAAAAAAUUAUGGCAAAAAUUAUUAAUUAAUAAACGAAAAUCAAUGGAUAAUUCAGGAAUGACUAGAAUUGUAAUUGAUAGAAAAGAAGGUCACGAUGUAUUUCGAUAUAUUUAUCCCGGUGGUAAUAAACAAUUUGGAAGUAAAUACAUAUCUCUAAGUAAUGGAAAUGCGGAAUUAAAGCAUAUAAUUGGUUUCAAAGAAGAAUUUGCCGUUGUUGUAUCAAGAGUUUCAACAUGGGGUAAGGUUUAUUAUAGAAAAAUUAAUUUACACACUGAAUUACCAGAGGGUAUUGAAUGGACAUUAAACAGUAACAAUGUAUUACGUCCCGUAACAUUACCAUUUCGUGAACAUAUUACAAUAAUUGUAACCGAGGGACUUAGUGGUAAAAAAAAAAUAAAAUCCGAAAGAAUUCAACAAAUGAAAAAAGCUGUUGAAAUAAUGACGGGAACUAAAACAAUAACAAGAGCAAAAGCACAAAACAUUUUACUACGAUAUAUGUUAACAAUAAAACAAGAACCAAUAAUGAUUGGCGAUAUUAAAUUAGAUACAAUUAAUCCAACAAUUGAAAAUUCCAAAUUAAUGGAUUUAAAUGAUCCAAAUAUAAUUCAACAAUAUUUAGGCGAUGAUUAUAAUAAACUUGAUAAAAGUUUAGAUAAAUAUUUACUUAAUGCACCAACAUAUGAAGAUUUUGCACGCGAUUGGAUUAAAUUCAAUGAUAUAAAUCCAAUUUAUAAUGAAUGGUCAAUACCAAAUUCAAUAGAAAUUUAUAAACUUCUUUAUAGAAAAAAUGUUGGUCCUAUAAAACCUGAUUUUCAAACAGCAAAUAAUAAAAUACGCGCAAUUCAUGGUGAUAAUUUUAAUAUAAUAAAUGAAAUAAAAAUAAUUGAAGUUUUUAAUGCAUACAAUAAAAAUAAAGCAAAUCAAUAUAUUUCAUUUGAAGAUUAUUAUUCUGUUCUACUUUGGAUAAACAAUGAUUAUACAAUUAAAAAUUUUAAUUACAUUACACAAUUAAAUAUUCGUAUGGCACUUAAUAAAUUAACAAUUAGUCUCAUUGAUGAAGAUCAUUUACAAUUACCGGGAUUAUUAUUUAUGGUACAAAUGAAAGAUCCAUUAACAAUUGAAAAAGAAAUUAACGAAUUAAAAGGAGAAACAUUUAUAUCAAAUAAACUUUUAUAUACAACAACUAGUAAAAUUGUAGCGCAUAAUUAUUUAAACAUAGAACAUUAUAUUGUUGACAUUAGUAAAAAUGAAAGACGUAAAAAAGUGCCUAUUUUAUAUGAAUUUAAUUUGGAUAAUAAAUAUUUGACAUCACAUGUACAAACAGUUGCGCCAACUACUGAAUUUCCUGUUGUUAUUUUACCAGAUAUGGAAUUUACAUUAGAGAAAAUAGAGAAAAAAAUUAUUAAUGGAAAAGAGAUAGAUUAUAUAAAAAUACAUAAUACACCAAUAACAAAAGAAGUUUUUCUACUUAAAGUUAUGCGAAAUAUUCAAAAUAUACAUGAAAAAAUAUUUGAAUUAUCGAUUUCUCAUACGUAAAAUACGAAUUAUUUUCUUUUUUCUUUUUUUUUAAUUAUUAAACUUUACAAAGAAAAGAGAAA